AUGAACAAGUCUCUCAACGAAACUGUGGAGCAAAAUGCAGCUCUAAAACGAGAAAUAGCCGAAUACGCAAAGCAAACUGCUGCUCUCGAACAGCUCAAGCAGGAAUUUGCUACACUCGAUACUGCGGCUAGGCAACUGAAGACUGAAUUAGAGGACAAGACUCGCAUUGUAGAGGAAACAAAAUUAAUGGCAUCGAAUGUCGAUUCUGUCAAGAGAGCUGAAUGUGAACGCGACGAGGUUGCUCAUCAGUUUGCCCAAGCUCGCUCCGAAUGGGAACAG